UGGAGUGCAAAUGAGAACGCGCAAUCGUGGCGGUUUUAGUGAAUGGUCAAUGCCGUUUACAUACACUACAGUUCCAGCCAAAGUUUCAAAUAUUGGGUUGGGAAUUGUAGAAGACCAGAUUACUUGCUCAUGGGAUGGAUCUUUGAAUGCCGAUAACUAUAAAGUAAUCUUGCAUGAAUACAAACUAAACGGUGAAUGGGAAAAACUAGAAGAACAGGAAACCUCUGGAUGUAGCCAUUCUUUCGAGACAGAAGCUGGGUAUGGAAUCUUAUAUGCAUGUAAAGUGAUCCCAUGCAAUACAACCGGUGAAGGAGAGACGGCUUGGUCUAACACUGAACUAUCUCCUCUUCUACCUCCGGAAAAUCUGACGUUUGAGUUUAAAGAUGAUGGAAUUCAAUUCUCUUGGAAAAAUUCAAUCGGAAUGUCAUCAGCAAAAGUUCAACUCACAGAUUUCGAGAAAUUUAGCGAAACAAAUAUUACAAAGCAGAGUUCAUGGAGUUUUUUCAAACUUUAUAAUGGAACCUCCUAUAAAUUCAAAGUUUGGGCGGGAAAUGGCGACCAUCUCAGCAACCAAUAUGCAUACCUAACUUUUGCAACAGCUCCAAAUGAUGUCAUUGUCAAGAGAAAUGAAGAGAAUCCAGAGACAAGCUUGGACGUUGAAGUUGUCACAAGACAUGAUGGCCCAUUUACUUUGAUCAUUAAUGGCGAUGAAUUUAUGAGGAUUAGGAGCCGGCAUUACGUAAUUGAAGAUCGUCAACCUGCCACAAAAUAUGAGAUUGGUGCUCAAUCUAUCUUUGACACAAACAAAAAGACAUCAGUUACAUUUGGGAAACCAGUAACAACACUUCCAGCAAAAGUAUCUGGAGUUACUUGCCUUCCUAUUGAAGACACAUCUGGCAUGACCUUGAAAUGGGACAAUUGUGGUAAUCCGAAUAUCAACUAUAAAAUAAGUUGGUCAAAAGAUUAUAUCCCUUGUCAUCCCAUUACUUGUGAAAAUGCUGAACACAAGUUUGUUGAUCUCAAGCCGGGAACUUAUGAAUUCAAGGUUUCUGCUGGAGGCGCUGACUCUGAUCCCUACGUAGUUAUUGUGCCAGAAACUCCUAAAAUCAAUGUUGAGAUUCUCACAAGCAAAUUGAUGCACGUCACCUGUGAUAAUGUAGACCAUGCCGACGAAUACAUUUAUAAGAUACUCUCAGACAAUUUGGAUACACUGAAAAUUCUGGAAAGCAAAAAACCUGAAUUGUGGAUUGAUGAACAUAAUUUCCAAUUUCAAGUUGGUACCGAAUAUCUACUUGCUGUCCAAGCUUGUUGUCACGACGAUAAUAAACAAAACCAUAUGAGCCUUCCUUCGAAAAGAUGGUUGUAUACAGGAUUGGAAAAACCUAUGGAUUUAAAUGUCAAGCUUGACAAUGUCACACCAACGAGCAAAGCGGAAUGCACAUGGAACAAAUCACCUGGAAUGCUGAAAGCAAAGAUACAAGUUCUGGAUUCCCAGGAAAAUGUCAUCAAAGACUCGGAGACUCCAGACUUGAAAUUAAACCUCUCAAGUCUCAAGCCUAACCAAACGUAUGAAGUAAAAAUUUGGCCUGGUGAUGGAAAAAUGUUCUUUGCUGAUAAUUGUGCAAGUUUAAAAUUUGAGACGGCUCCCAAUCAACCAGACAAGGUGACUUGCACUCAGAACAAACAGGACAGAACCCAUUCUAUCGAUGUUACAAUUUAUUCUGAUUAUUCUGGGCCUUUCAUCGUCCAUGUGUUGGACUCUCGCCGGAAUAUAGCUAAAGAACCGAUAGAAACCAAUGACAAAAGCAUGACUGUAACCAACUUACAGGCUGGUGGGUCAUAUUUUAUCUAUGUCCAAUGUAAGUUUGGGGAUUAUCUUACGGCUAUGACACAUGGUAUGUAUUGCAAAUAAACGUUUGCUCUUUUGUACUCCUGAGAAAUGAAUCUAGUUUCUCUUGAACAUCUACCAAGAUGGCAGACACCGGAAUGUAGUAUGUGUACCCAGUUAGGGUCAGGCCUUAAUUUUAUUUUAAUUUUUCUUAUUUUAGUUCUAUUUCGAGAUCAGGGACUAGCCAAGUGACUCCCGUAGUAUUUGUAUCUAAAAUUAUGGCCUGACCCUAACCUGGUACACAUACUACGUUCCGGUGUCCGCCAUCUUGAUACGCAUACUUCAGCAGCGCCUUACAAUUAUAUGAUUGAGCUGUUUAUAAUAUAAUUAAUCAUAACUUUCCUUGAUACCCAAUUCAAGGAAGAGUUUUUUCAAUUUCAUAGUUGGAGCCCGUGAAGAGGUUGGCAAAUAUUUAUGGAGCCUCAUAAUAAAUUUAUAAAAAUGAAAAUUUUCUAUUGGAACUAGAUAAUGCCAUAUUCGAAUUACCUGCCUUGUUGCAAUAUUCCCACAGUUGUCAAAUUUUAAUAAUGUCAUUAUUGCCUCUUUGGACUGUUACAAAAUUACCCAAGUCAGUAUUUUGAUAAGUAAACGAAUAGCUCGUGGAGUCGCUAUGUUUUCUCAGGGAGCCCUGAGGUUUCAUGAUCUGUUUUUAUUAAAUAUGUGCCACAGUUAUUAGCUUCUCAUAUAUCAUUAUGGAACAAGUUCUGUAGUAAUUUUUA